AUGUGAUCAGGGAUGGUUAAUUGUGUUUCAUGGGCUCAUUUUCAGGCUUAUGAUUCAGGGCAUCAAGGAGAUGAACGCAUGCUGGCUGUCAGCUCGACAAAAUCUCGAGGACAAUUCUACGGGGGAAACUGGGACCGGUUUAUCAGUUUUGCACAUGGCCAGUACAACAACCUGUCAUCGUGUUGUAUGAUAUUUGACUGAAACUUAAAAUGGAGAACCAGAAGGAGGCUUACAGAAGAUUCUUCUGUAAAAAUGAGGGAAAGCUGUCUGAUGCUGACAUUGAGAAAGCAUGCAGUGAACUGAAUGAGAGUCCGGAGUCACUGGAGAAUGGGUUCAGAGAACUGAGAGCCAUGAUGGCGGAAAAGCAGAGCACAGAGCAGGGAGCAAAAAUUGUGGAAAAGUUUGGUGGAAAGGACGACGCUUUUCUCCUGCGUUUUCUGCGAGCCAGGAAGUUUGAUGUGAAGAAAGCCUACGAGCUGAUGGCAUGUUUCAUCAAAUUUAGAGAAAAAUAUCCGGAGAUAUCAGAAAACCUUCAAUCGGAAGUUGUGAGGAAGUCUUUGGAAAACGGCUACCCUGGUCUUCUACCAUUCAAGGAUAAGGAGGGCCAUGUAGUGCUUGUGUUUGCUAUAGGCACCUGGGACAGCAAGCUGUACAGCUUUGACACAGUUCUUCAGGGGUACAUCCUGCUGUUAGAACAGCUACUGGAGAACGAGUCAGCGCAGAUCAACGGCUUCGUCAUUAUUGAGAACUUCAAGCAUUACAGUAUGGCGCAGGCAUUUGCGCUGCGACCCACGGAUCUGAAGAAGAUGGUGGAUAUGUUGCAGGGGGCUUUCCCUGCUCGGUUUAAGGGUGUUCACUUCAUCUACCAGCCCUGGUACUUUACCUGGACUUAUGCCUUGGUAAAACCAUUCCUCAAGAAAAAGCUGGCUGACAGGGUACACGUCCAUGGCUACAACCUGGACGCGUUCUACUCCCUGUUUGACAGAGACCAGCUUCCCGUAGAGUUUGGUGGGAAUGCUGAGGGCUACGACCCACUGAUCAUGACGGAGCAGCUCUACACGGCCAUCAAGGACAAAGAGCUGGAAGACGACAUCACUGCCAAAUUGGCUGGGGUUCAGAUCUCCGCUGAUUGA